CAAAGUUUAACUCACCUUAACUCCAUUGCCAUUUUUCUUGGUACCUCCCAACAUCACCAACAACAUAUUUUUUUUUUUGAAGUGGGAAAAUGGCAACAGUUACAACACAAGCUUCAGCUGCCAUUUUCCGGCCAUGUGCCUCAAAAACCAGAUUUCUCACUGGAUCAUCUGGUAAAUUAAACAGAGAGGUCUCUUUUAAGCCCUUGACUUCUUCAUCUUACAACUCAUUCAAGGUUGAAGCCAAGAAAGGUCAAUGGCUUCCAGGCUUAGCCUCUCCUACUUAUCUUGAUGGCAGUCUCCCAGGAGACAAUGGUUUUGAUCCAUUGGGACUUGCUGAGGACCCAGAGAACUUGAAAUGGUUCGUCCAGGCUGAACUGGUGAACGGUCGUUGGGCUAUGUUGGGUGUUGCUGGGAUGCUGCUGCCUGAGGUUUUCACUAACAUUGGAAUCCUUAACGUGCCCAAAUGGUAUGAUGCUGGAAAAGAAGAGUACUUUGCAUCUUCAUCCACCCUGUUCGUGAUCGAGUUCAUCUUGUUCCACUACGUCGAGAUCAGAAGGUGGCAAGACAUCAAGAACCCAGGAAGUGUUAACCAAGACCCCAUCUUCAAGAACUACAGCUUGCCUCCUAACGAAGUUGGAUACCCUGGUGGUAUUUUCAACCCACUCAACUUUGCACCAACUGCUGAGGCCAAAGAAAAGGAAAUUGCUAAUGGGAGAUUGGCAAUGUUGGCAUUUUUGGGAUUCAUAGUGCAGCACAAUGUAGUAGGAAAGGGACCUUUUGACAACCUUCUGCAACACCUCUCCGACCCAUGGCACAACACCAUUGUCCAAACACUCGGCAACUAGAAAACCUCAUGGAAACUGGAUUGAAUAUAUUGUUACCCUUGUAACCAUGUUAUGGUUUUUGAUCAAGAAUAGAGCUUUGUGGUAAACAAGGAACCUUUAAUGUACAGGGCAUUUUAAAUUGCAAGUCUUAUUCGUGUUAUUUCCACCCUAUCGUCAGUAUAUAAAGUGGAAGAAAAGCCCCCUUUAGCUAAUUCGAGACGCUUAUCUAGACUUGGAUUUGGUAAAGGGAAAGCUUUCUUUUAGUAGUUCAACUUAUGCAUCUCAA